GGAUGGGCUAGUUCCCGGUGCAUCCACACUAGCAGAGGAAAAAGUAAAGAGAUAACAUUGACAGGCUUGACAGACUUGACAGGGUGGGCGAUACGAGAAGAAUGGAAUCGUUAUGGAAGGUUGAUUUCUGAUGAUUCUUCGGGAGAAGCAAUUUUUAUUGUAUGUCGUGCAGAUCUCUCAUGUCAGUUGCUUUUGAGGUACUGUGCAGGUUUCAGAAUGUUUGUGGUGCAUGGCUGUCAUGUCAGUGCUUGACUUCAGGGGUGUCGUCUCCCUGUUUGUUCUCUGUGACCACUAUCAUUAGGCAUCAAAAUAGUUAUCUCAAUCACUUUACUUCAUUUGUCACCCAAAAAUAUGAUAUCACCUAUGAAAUAUGAUUUCACGAAUCAUGUCUCAAACCGAUAACAUACACUUUCAGCCAAGUUCCAAGAGUCAUUCCAUCUUCCAAGCAAGGGUUCUCCCAAAUACAACCCUAUCCUACAGUAGCAUACAGAACGUCAAUCUUGCUUGGGGAUCAACAAACACUCACACGAUUUCGGCACACAAACUCGCUCUCCGAGAUGGGGGUUGGUCGUACAGACCGUGUUUCCACCACGGUGAGAUGUAAG